UCGCCGCGGUCGCACGUCGCUAGUGUGAAGCUCGCCUUGUGUCAGUAGACAACUCGCGAGUUACAAAACAUAUGAUAAUAUUUGUAUCACCAUUAUAAUAUUCAUAUACUGUGCCCUGUGUCUGUGUCGUUGUAUGUUUGUUUGUCACUGAGAGGAGAAUCACUCGCCGAGUUAAUUAGAAGACGUAAAUUAAAUGAUAAAGAUGAAAAGGAUUUGUCACCUCAUUUUCCGUCUGCUGUUUCUUCUUGACGGUGGUGUUUGGUCUCUUCGUAAUUUGUCAAUCUCCGUCCCUCGAGCUGUUCUCUCUGGUGAGGGUCAGUCAGCUGUACUAAGGUGCUCUUACGAUCUCGAGGGAGCAGCGUUAUACUCCAUAAGAUGGUACAGAGCUGAGACUGAGUUCUACAGAUACGUGCCUAGAGAAAUGCCACCAACAAUGGUAUUUCCUCUACCGGGUGCUUCGGUUGAUCUUGCUCAGUCAGAUCAUCAACAAGUACGUAUAGUGAAUCUCAAUAGACGUCUCAGCGGUGACUAUCAGUGCGAGGUGUCCGCUGAUGCUCCUUUGUUUCACACUGAUAUACGAUCUGCUCCGCUCACUGUUGUCGAUCCACCAUUCCGUGCACCACAUCUCUCAAUAUCUCAAAGGAGUUAUGCUCGAGGUGAUGUCAUCCGCGCCAAUUGUUCCGUCGACGAAGCCUACCCUUCCCCUAACAUAACUUGGACUUUGGAUGACCACAAGAUAGCAGAAACUAUAUCUUGGAGGUCUUCUGAUUUGGACUUCAAAGAGCGAGGUGCUUUUAGUCAAUUGGAAUUGACCGUACUGGAGGCAGAACACUACAAGGUGGGACUGACUUACACCAGCGCUAGUCUUAACCGAGCGUAUCAGGAUCACUACAUCUACGACAGAGACCUAGAAGAAGAUACGGAUUUGAUAAGAUACACAAUGGUACCUCCUCCGAGCUCCCAAUUCGCACUUGGCUGCGUGGCAACCAUCUAUGAUAUCUACGCCCGUAAGAGUGAGCCAGUUUUCAUUAGAGAAGAUGCACCACAUCCAGCUUCCGUUACUGGAGAAGAUUCAGCAGGUGAAAAUGCAAGCUUCGACGUGGUUUUAGCGAUUGUCAGCGCGGUGCUGCUUGCGUUAUGAUCACUAGAGCUGAAGAUGCUGUUAUAAGAAAAUAUGAAACUGAAUGUUGUGAUAGACAUUAAGGGCCUUUAAACCAAGCCACCAUUUGUUAUAAUUUGAAAUUAUCAUUUGAGUUCCUGAAAAAUUGACAAUAAUUAUAAUGAUUGUUUCUUUGUGAUCUUUAGUUCACUGUUGAAUUUUCAGGGUGUGGAAGAUCAAUUAUAUUGUUAGAAAAAAAUAAAUAAACGAAAUUAAUUAAAAGUAAUUGAACUAACGCUGAAAAACUCAAAAGUAUUAUCCUUAUGGGCGAUCGUUUCAAUUGGAAGCUACUUAAAUCCAAAUACUUCUCAAAUCACUCACGCAUUUCGCGAAGCGUUCUCGAAUUCCUUCGUAUCUGAACUUCGAUAAUGGUUUGUACAUUAACCUUAAUAGAAAUGGUAUUUACAUUGCCGAGAGGCAAAUCGUUUAUGUACCCUAACUGCUUUAUUGGUAUAGCCUCGACCCUUCUUGAACGCUCAAUGGAUUUUAUGGCUGCUGAAAUGGGUAACUUUUUAUGGAUUGGUUAUUAAGUUUUAGGUUAGUUGGGGAAGGUAGGGUCGGUGUGAGAGGUCCUUAACAGUUAGUGGGUGUAUACCUUGUUCAAAUGAUACAAUGUGCAUCGAAAGUACAAAUUGAACUAAACAUAAUUCUUAUCAUUGCCAUUAAUAUUAAUUGUUUAGCAUUGUUUGUCUGUUAUUAAUUUUGAAUGGGGCUUGGUUCUUUAUUUACAAAUUAUGUUGAAUUAAAACAAUAUUCAUUGUUAAUCCUAUCAUACAAUGGCCGUAAAUUAUAUUUGUAGUUAAUGCAUUCUUUCUAUGGAUUAAAUUCAUAUUUUUUUCCCUUGACCUAUAACCUAAUGCCCUUACUUAUUUAUCUAGAACCCUUUCCCUUUGUUUUGAUUCAACACAAUGUGUACGUCAGCAGGUCUCGGUAAUAAGUAAUAGUUGGUACGUACAAUCGGCAACCAAAGUUUAUACGUAAAGGAAUUAUAAUGUUUUAUGUUCAAUGUCUAAGACAAUAGUCAAUUUAAUAUGUUAAAGAGCUGUGUUGCCGAGUGUACUAGAUUUAAGCCAUAUGUAUUUAUUUCAUGUUACAGUACUAUAUGUGAAUAUGUAAAUAAAUUUAUUAGUUACUUAAA